AUGACUGGCCUAAGAGGUAUUGUGGGUUGUAUUGAUGGGACAAUAAUAAAAGGGAUCCAAGGAAUUAAUGUUGGAGUUGUGGCUGAUGAUAGAAAGCAAUUUCGGUGGGUAUUCGCGAAGUUCCGCGCGCAUGAGGACGACGAAUCAGUCUUCAAACAGAGUUUACUCUGCCGACAGUUGAGAGAUGGCAGAAGAAAGGGAAUUCUAAUCGGUGAUGAUGCCUAUAAAAAAGAGAGAUUUCUAUUGACACCAAGCAAAGGAAAGGACGUGAUGUCAGAAAAGGACUUCGCUAUGGCAACUACACUGAGAAUUGCACAUGUGAUCGUACAGGAAGCGAUUGCAAACUGGAAGAGGCAGUUUCCUAUAUUGAAAGAAACGAUAAGGUCCGCAAGAAUAGCACGAAUAGUUGUUUGUUGUGCAGCGCUGUACAAUUUGUCACGAGCAGAAAAUGAGCCAGUGUUUGAAAAUAAAGACGAUGUUGCAGCGGACGAAGCGGAAGAACACUGCAUAACCAUCGCUGAUUGA